AAGUUACAGGUAAAGAAUAUUUCAGUGCACAUUAGCCCCUCAAAAUGGCUGCAACCAGAUCAAAUGUACAGUUUCAAAGUUUCUUCAUUCACGCUUGAAUAACAUCUCCGCAUAUUCCUGAAAACCAUCCUUCAACGUGGGGUUGAACAACACGUCUAACGACCUCCAGAUUUUUAAGGGGAGCUCCCUGGGCCUGUUCCACAAUGUGGAGGCCUUUCUUGGGGAGGGCACCUUUGGUUUUGUAACCAAAUGCCAUAAUUUUGAAACCGAUGAGGCAGUGGCAAUUAAAAUCAGUAAGAGUGAUCCGAGCUUUUUGCAGCAGGCACGGCGGGAAAUUGCCAUCCUUAAGCAACUGCAAUGUCUGGACCCAGACACCUGCAACAUUGUGAGGUGGAAUGGCUAUUUCUUCCACAAGGACCAUAUCUGCCUCAGCUUUGAGCUCUUGGACCAAAGUCUGUUUGCUUAUAUGAAAGAGAGGAACAACUUUGGUCUUCCAGUUAUGGAGCUGAGGCCAAUUAUAUAUCAGAUAAACAUGGCACUGGGCCACCUAAAGUCCAAGGGUAUUGCCCACACAGACCUCAAACCUGACAAUGUUAUGGUUGUGGACCGUCACCAAAAGCCGCUCAGAGUCAAACUCAUCGACUUUGGCCUGGCGUGUCCUGCGUCUGAGCUGACCCCUGGUUUCAUUGCGCAGUCACUCUGGUACAGGGCACCAGAGGUAAUGUUACAUAUCCCAUAUAAUGAGGCCAUUGAUAUGUGGUCUCUAGGCCUGAUAGCUGCUGAGCUGGCCACAGGGUACCCACUCUACCCGGGGAACAUGCCCUAUGAUGUGCUCAACUUCAUAAUAGAAACUCAGGGCCUGCCAGGGGACUACGUGUUGGAGAGAGGGAUGAAUGUAGAAUAUUUUUUCUUCAGACAAGGCAACAGCCAGCAUCGCUGGAGGUUGAAAUCUCCAGGGGAGUUCCGCUAUGCGACAGGCCUCUACGCUACGGACACAAGAUACAUCAGAUUCAAAUGUCUUGAUGAAAUUGAGCAGCUGAUGAGGAUGCAGAUGGGACACCACCAUCAUCAUCAUCUGUUGGUGAGCCUGAUCAAAGGAUUGCUGAAUCUGGACGCUGACCAGCGGCUCACACCAAUGGAUGUUCCGCAGCAUCCAUUCAUUACCCUAAACCUAGACAUCGCCAACAACCCUGUGGGCACAGAACAGGAAUUACUCGAAGUCUGUGUUCAGCCUUAACACUUACAACAUGAAAAUUCAAUUCAUCUCAGUUUAAAUUAAAUUUUUCAAAUUCUUAAAAAAAUCCAACUCCAGAACCAACCAAAAAUAUAGCCGUUAGUGGUGUUUGGUGGCUUCAAACCUUCCGCUAUUUGUUCCCCUUUCAUCGGAUGUAUGAUCAAAAGAUAGUGUGAGAUCUGAAUCAAUGCAACGGUUAUACGACAGUUCUCUCUCUAUUUGUUCCCCUUUUAUCGGAUGUAUGAUCAAAAGAUAGUGUGAGAUCUGAAUCAAUGCAACGGUUAUACGACAGUUCUCUCUCUCUCUCUUCUCUUCUCUCUCCUAUCUCCCUCUCUUUCUGCCCACCUUUCCUCUCUCCCCCAUCUCUGUCCUCUCACCCCAACCAGUUGUGGCAGAUGGACGCCCACAACUGAGUCCGGUUCUGCUACAGAUUUCUUCCUGUUAAAAAGGGAGGGUUGCCAAGUGCUCAUUCAUUGUGGGAACUGUUGGGUUUUCUCUGUAAUAUUGUGAGGUCUCGACCAUACUUUGUAAAGUGCCUUGAUAUAAUGUAUGUUGUGAUUUGGCACUAUACAAAUAAAAUGGAAUUCAAUUGAA